ACGGCGGAGCUGGCGAGCUGGCCGCUGGCUGGGCGAGCGGUCACAAUAGGAGGCGGCGGCCCAGCGCGGAGCCGCGGGAGCAGCCCCGCAGGGCGGAGCUUCCCCUCGCAGAUAUCUCCCGGGGCCAAUUCAGCACCUCUACCUGGCCAUCCUAACAAGGUGAUUUGUGAAAGGGUGAAACUUCAGAGCCUGUUCCCUCUCCUCCCAAGUGAUCAGAAUACUACCGUUCAAGAGGAUGCUCACUUCAAAGCUUUCUUCCAGAGUGAAGAUAGUCCGAGUCCCAAGAGACAGCGCCUCUCUCAUUCAGUCUUUGAUUAUACAUCAGCAUCACCAGCUCCCUCACCACCAAUGCGACCAUGGGAGAUGACAUCAAAUAGGCAGCCCCCUUCAGUUCGAUCAAGCCAACAUCACUUCUCAGGGGAACGAUGCAACACACCUGCACGCAACAGAAGAAGUCCUCCUGUCAGGCGCCAGAGAGGAAGAAGGGAUCGUCUGUCUCGACAUAAUUCCAUUAGUCAAGAUGAAAACUAUCACCAUCUCCCUUAUGCACAGCAGCAAGCAAUAGAGGAACCUCGAGCCUUCCACCCUCCGAAUGUAUCUCCCCGUCUGUUACACCCUGCUGCUCAUCCACCCCAGCAAAAUGCAGUAAUGGUUGACAUACAUGAUCAGCUCCAUCAGGGCACUGUCCCUGUUUCUUACACGGUAACAACAGUGGCACCGCAUGGGAUUCCACUCUGCACAGGCCAGCACAUCCCUGCUUGCAGUACCCAACAGGUCCCAGGAUGCUCUGUGGUUUUCAGUGGACAGCACCUCCCUGUCUGUAGUGUGCCUCCUCCGAUGCUUCAAGCAUGUUCAGUUCAGCACUUACCAGUACCAUAUGCUGCGUUCCCACCCCUUAUUUCUAGUGACCCAUUUCUUUUACAUCCUCCUCACCUUUCUCCCCAUCAUCCGCCUCAUUUGCCGCCACCGGGCCAGUUUGUCCCUUUCCAGACACAGCAAUCACGAUCGCCUCUGCAAAGGAUAGAAAAUGAAGUGGAACUCUUAGGAGAACAUCUUCCAGUAGGAGGUUUUACUUACCCUCCAUCGGCCCAUCCCCCAACAUUACCUCCAUCAGCUCCCUUGCAGUUCCUAACCCAUGAUCCUUUGCAUCAGGAGGUGUCCUUUGGAGUACCUUAUCCUCCGUUUAUGCCUCGGAGGCUCACAGGACGUAGUAGAUAUCGAUCCCAGCAGCCAAUACCACCUCCCCCUUAUCAUCCCAGCUUACUACCAUAUGUGUUAUCAAUGCUUCCAGUGCCACCUGCAGUGGGCCCAACUUUCAGCUUUGAAUUGGAUGUGGAAGAUGGAGAAGUAGAAAAUUAUGAGGCCCUCUUAAACCUGGCAGAGCGACUGGGAGAGGCUAAGCCUCGAGGACUGACUAAAGCAGAUAUCGAACAGCUUCCUUCUUAUCGGUUCAAUCCUAAUAACCACCAGUCAGAGCAGACUUUGUGUGUAGUAUGCAUGUGUGAUUUUGAGUCAAGGCAGCUACUUAGAGUUUUACCCUGUAACCACGAGUUCCAUGCCAAGUGUGUCGACAAAUGGCUUAAGGCAAAUCGUACUUGCCCAAUUUGCCGAGCUGAUGCUUCAGAAGUGCAUCGGGAUUCAGAAUGACCAACCUAAGAGCACAAGUUUAGUUUGGGUGUUCCUCAUCACAUGUAUAUACGGACUAUCCAUUGAACUUAAUCUGUGUGGCUUCCAGCCCUCCCUUUACCAAAAGGGUCAAUGGACCUUUCUUUGCACUGUGUGACUUAAUCAACUAUAAAAGCUUACAAUUAGUCUUCACAAUUAUGGGAUUGUUAUACUAACCGUGUGAUUGGAACUCCAAAGACUUUUUCUUUAGCUUAAUUUUGUGUGUGCACUAACAUUCCCUGGUUUUUGUGUGAUCAUUCCGAGUGUUGCUGCAAGAUUACAGUGGACGUGAUCUUUUAGCAUGUGCUUUUAUAAAAAGUGGUAGCUCCAGAUGAUAUAGCAAUCUACCUUAUAUAGAGCCUUCAGAAACUGUGAGUGGAAAUGAAUGCAGCGUGUGACUGUUGGUGAUAAAUGUAUCUGUGUGAGAGAGAGAGUGUGCGCAACUACUUGUGUGAGGGCAUGGUCGCUAACGUGUGUCUGAGAUCCUAUCUACCAGCAUGUACCAAGAAUGUGUGUGUAGUUUUAAUUAUGCUGCAAUGUAUAAUCUGGUGUGUUAUUUAAACAGCACUAGUACUGUACACUGGUUUUUUCCCUUGUGUUUGCUGUUGCACACUGAUUGCUAAGGGUGCAUCAAUGAUAAGCAUCGAAUACUCCAUCCCCUUCCCUCCCAGUGAAUGGAAUGAGAAAAGCCUUCUUCCUUUGCUUCAGGCAGCUGUCACCUUCUCUUCGUCGGUGGUCCCGAGUGGGUCACUUAAGAAAAAAAGUGUAACAGAUUCUCACUCCAUGAACCUGAUUUUUUUGAUUCUGUUGUGGGAAAAAAUUUUGUACUCUCCAACUUGCUGUUUCCAAAAAGAAGGUGCAAUAUCAUACAUCAUCAGUUAGCAAUAUUAGCAUUUCAAUCAGUGAUUUGAAUGUUGAUGGUUUGUUUUUUUCCUUUACAUUUCCAGUAAGCUUCUUACAGGAAGCACCUGUGAUUUUUUUUUUUUAAUGUUUAGAUUUGUAGUCUAUUCUGAAGAUAUUUGAGUAAUAUAUUUCUAAGAAUACCGCUCGUCCCACGAAGUCUCACCUCCUUUACUUCCACCAGAACAAAAUUUGUUAACUAAUUCAGCUUGACUUCUGAUAUGUUCUUUGUUAAGCUCUCAUAGGCAACUAAAAUAUUUUAAGAAAACUCUAUUUCUGUUCGUAUUGAUUCACCUGCCAACCUCCAAUUCUGAAAGUUGUCUAGUAGUGCUUCUCCUGGAAACCCUCAUUUCCAGGAUGGGUCAAGUGCUGUGACAGCUUGAAUUCUUAGACCUGAUGUGCUUUGAUGUUUUAUUGCUUUUAAAAAUUUUUUUUUUGUUUGAAAAAAAUUUAACAUAACAGGUCCAGAAUACUUGCAGUAUAAAUGAAGAUUUGAUUUUUGUAUAAAAAAUAAUGCUGUAAAACAGGAAUUGACCUUCAUUUAGUCGAUCUGAAAUACAUAGCUGUGUGGGUUUUGUUUUUUUUUUUAUAGGUUCAUUGAGCAUCAUUUAGAUUGUUUAAAGUCAUUUUUCCAGCAAUGUUUCGAUUCCUCUCCUUCUGUUGUAUUCAGCAUUGUCUGCCUCUUCCUGCAGUUGGUGUCAUUGCUUUGUUCGCAGUAGCACAAGCUGCAUAAUCCCAGUCAGGACUGUGAGGACUCUCCGCCAGCCUCACUCAGCUCUCAGCUGGCUCUGUGUCAGUUUUCUCCUCAGACAGUGUUAACGACUUGUUACUGCCAUGCUACUUGCCUUCCCUUGAAGUCUCCAUAAACUUAUCCCAGCUUAGAGUUCAGUAAAGUCAAUUCACACAGAAGCACAAUUUUGCCCUUUUCAGACACUGUUGCCUCUAUCUAGUCAUACAAUAGGAUUUUGCACACUUGUUUGCCCCUGUAUUUGUCAGGCAUCAGAAAUACAUCUCAACAGUAGUAAGUGCACGUUACUUUUAACUCAUUGGGACAUUCCCCACCUGUUCCUGAUGAAUAAAAAGUGUGUUAAAGACCAAAAUUAUUGGCAUAAUAAUCAGCUACAUUACAAAUCACGUAUAGUUUAAUCUUUUUUUAAUUAAAAAAUCAUGUUGAAACAUGGCAAAAGCCCAUCUUAUACAUACUCUUUUAUAUAUAGCUGCAAAAAAAUUUAUAUCUGUACAGAUCUAACUUAACACUACUACACUCAGUAUUCAUUUUAUUGAAGCAUGCGAGUAAAGCACUUUUUCUAAUUUAUAUAGAUACCUAAUUAACAAGGCACAUUGUACUAAUGACUAGGAAAAGUAGCCUUUUCUCCCCUCCCUCUGACGAUGAAUUCUUGUCAUACAAUCCCUUGUCCAGCAAAUUUUUGAGAGGCAUUUGGCAACUUAGGAGGCAGCAGGGUCUAUUUUGGUAAAAUGCUGGAUUGUCGCACUCUUGUGACUGAUCUCUCUUUGGGAAUGUCUUUCUGUGCAUGGGGCCCUUAGAGAUGUGUACAGACUUGCUUAUUAGGUGGGUAGUGCGGAUUAGGAGCAUAUGUGCAUGUGCUCUGAACCAGCUCACGCCAGCCACGGUGAGCGCCUGUGUGGCGACCAGAAGAGAAGGAACAGUUUGCUUCGUGCCCAGCUGUUGCCACCUUGAGCGAUGCGCCAGGUAGCAGGCAGAUGUUGGUUUGUUGCCUUCUUCCUCUUUUCUCCUAAAACAAUAUUGGCUUUACCAUCUUAACUCUGCUGUGGGGUUUCGUUUGUUUUGCAUGAAUAAUCAUCUUGAAAUUUUUUUUAACUCCCCCCCCCCCCCCCCCCCGCCCCAUAGAACAAAACAAAAAACAAGUCCAAGGCCUCCAGGUAUCAAGAUCUCAUUAGGAUUUUCUGUCCUGAAUUUUUCUUUUUUUUUUUUUUUUUUUUUUUUUUGAGCAAAAUCUGGAAAAUGUGAACACAUAUUUAGAUUUUAUACACUCUCUGAAACUGAUUUAUUAAGAUUCUUAAAUUUGGGCCUCUUACAGUAUUUUGAAUGAGAUCUACCAACUCACUUAAAGAGAAUAUUUUUCACAGAUAUCUUUAGGCCUUCAUUAGAAAGCUAUUUUCCCCCCUGUUGGUACAUUUGGUUACCUCAUUUUGCUGUUUGUUUCAGAUUAUGAAAGCUUACAGGGGUGUUUUUUGGAAUCAUUUGCUGAGUCAUUUCCUGAAAUCAUAUUCCAUUGUAUCAGUUAACAUAGUUUUAAAUGUACGUAUUAUAAAUAUCUGUAACCAAAUCAUUUGAAGGCUUGAUAAAUUUUUAACAAAGUUUGUACAUUUUUUAUGAAAGUUACUAGUAAUGCUUUACUAAGUAGUGCAAUGAAUUUUUAUUUUUAAUCCCUGUGCCCAAUUUUGGAGUUGAGAGGGUUGUUGGUAAUAAAUGUAUGAUGUACACUUAAAA